AUUAAACUACCAAUUAGAUGAAUCAAAUUUUUACCAGUAAAAUAAAAAUUGAGAUAACUAAUUAACAAACUAAACUACUAAACGAACAACACAGAGUUUCUAUCCUAUUACCUUCUGGUUUAGGAAUUAGGAUUUCGGUAAUUGAAUUGUGUUAUUCUAAAUCCAACUAAAACUAGGUUGAAGAAUAUAUACAUACUAUAAUUUGUCGUCCGGGAAUUAAUUCAUCAAAUAUACUAUGAAUACGAGAAGAAGAUCUUUCCGUGAGCAGCCGCGGCCACGGCCACAGCCACAGCCACAGCCACCACCGGCAGCUAUGGCGCGAUUCCACGCGCUGAGCGACGCACUCUAUCAGGCGGAGCAGCAUGAGCGAUCGCGGAUCCCGCAACAACAAAACAUGAGAGAAGUUGUUCCGACGGCAGAGCCUAGGACUACGAAUUGGGAGCCAAUAAUCAGGACGACUAGUACCGUACCACCACCAGCGACAAAGGCUUCAAUAGAAAAAUUGCCAGAUGUUGAAAUCGUACAGAUGAGCGAAUGUGCUAUUUGUUUGGUAGAAUUUCAAGUCAAGGAAAAAGCUAAAGAAAUGCCAUGUAAACAUCGCUAUCAUUCAAAUUGUAUUAACAGAUGGUUAGAGAUACAUGCAUCUUGUCCAAUUUGUAGGUAUAAGAUGCCGUGAACCAUAUA